ACCCGGGAAGCGGAGGGCUGCGGGCUCGGCGAGAGGCGGCGGCGGCGGCGGCCGCUGCUCCUUCGGCCCAGGAGGGAGGUCGGCGAUCGCCGGGCGUCAGAGGGGGCGCCGAGUCCCCGGAGCCUGGGCUGCCCGCCGGGCUCUCAGUGAGCCUCCCUGAGAGCUCCGGCCGGGGCGCGGCGGAGGGCAGAGCCGCCGGUCUCCAUCCUCCGGCCGGCAGGAGGCUCCGCGCCCGGGCGCGGGCCACAGCCCGCAUCGCGGAGCCCAGCACCCGCCCCUGCUGCCCCGCGGCCGGCGCGGACAUGGGCGCUCCAGGCUGCUCGCCCGGCUCCGGGACCCGCAAAGUUUGCUAGCCGGCUGGGCGCUGAGCCCAGGGCGCGCCCGGCCCCCGCGCCCCGGGAGGGGACCCGGAGUCUCCGGAUUAGGCGCGAGGGCGGUGUAGCCCAGAGGGGUGGCUCGGCCCCGCCAGAUGCCGCCUGCAAAGUUAGAGAGAAGAAAACUUCAGCUCCAGGGAGAUUCGGACCGCUAUGCUCACCGCGCCCCCUGAAACCGGCGCCCCUAAAAGAACCCCCGCACCCGCGUCUGCCGCGGCGCUCGGCCCGGGCCGGGUCUCGGGGGCCUGGCGCCUGGAACGGCGGUGACUGCGUUGGCCGGGAGAACCCCACCAGGGGGCGGGGAGGGGGCGGGGGGCGGGCAACGUGGCCAAGGGAGGAAGUUUCCUGAAGUUGUCAGUUUAUUCCGGAGCUCGGCCGGCGACCCGGCCAGAUCGCAGAGGCCGCCCUGCCUGGGUCAAGUCGGAGUUGGGGUGCUCCAGGGAGAGAGGCGCCCUAAUUGGAGAGGACGGCUUGGCCUCUUUCUGCCUUCUCGCUCCUUGCCUUCCGGGAGCGCUGACGGGCCCGGACUAGGACAGAAGAGGAGGAGGAAAGGUUGGGGUGGCCAGCGCUGCCCCUCCCGGGCUUAUUACGCCCGGGGCGUGGAGCCGCGUAAACUGACUGUCUCCCGGGACAGAGCCACGAGGUACCGGACCCCACUAGGAUUAUAAAACAGGGCGGAGGGAAGGGAGACCUCGAGGAUCCCGCUCCAGGUUGGUCACCAUGUGGGGGCUUUGGAUCUGGACGCUGCUGGCUCUGCAUCAGAUCCGCGCGGCCGGAGCCCAAGAUGACGUGUCCCCGUAUUUCAAGACAGAGCCUGUGCGGACACAGGUGCACCUGGAAGGAAACCGCCUGGUGCUCACGUGCAUGGCCGAGGGCAGCUGGCCGCUGGAGUUCAAGUGGCUCCACAACAACAGGGAGCUGACCAAGUUCUCCCUGGAAUACAGAUACAUGAUCACCAGCCUGGACCGCACCCAUGCUGGCUUCUACCGUUGCAUCGUGCGGAACCGGAUGGGGGCCCUGCUGCAGCGGCAGACUGAAGUCCAGGUGGCCUACAUGGGGAGCUUUGAAGAGGGGGAGAAGCACCAGAGCGUCUCCCACGGAGAAGCAGCUGUCAUCCGUGCCCCACGCAUCGCCAGCUUCCCCCGGCCGCAGGUGACCUGGUUCCGGGAUGGCCGCAAGAUCCCGCCCAGCAGCCGCAUAGCCAUCACGCUGGAGAACACCCUUGUCAUCCUGUCAACGGUGGCUCCCGACGCAGGUCGCUACUAUGUUCAGGCUGUUAACGACAAGAACGGGGAUAACAAGACCAGCCAGCCCAUCACGCUCGCCGUGGAGAAUGUAGGGGGACCUGCAGACCCCAUCGCACCCACCAUCAUCAUCCCACCUAAAAACACCAGCGUGGUGGCCGGGACCUCGGAGGUUACCUUGGAGUGUGUGGCCAACGCCAGGCCCCUGAUCAAGCUGCACAUCAUUUGGAAGAAGGACGGGGUGUUGCUGUCAGGCGGCAUCAGCGACCACAACCGCCGGCUCACCAUCCCCAACCCCACCGCCAGCGACGCGGGCUACUAUGAGUGUGAGGCUGUCCUGCGCAGCAGCAGCGUCCCUUCUGUGGUCCGGGGUGCCUACCUCUCCGUGCUGGAACCACCUCAGUUUGUCAAAGAGCCAGAAAGACACAUCACUGCAGAGAUGGAGAAAGUGGUGGACAUCCCCUGUCGGGCCAAAGGUGUGCCACCACCCUCCAUCAGCUGGUACAAGGAUGCCGCAGUGGUGGAGGUGGAGAAGCUGGCCCGCUUCCGGCAGCGCAGCGAUGGGGGCCUGCAGAUCAGUGGCCUGGUGCCCGACGACACCGGCAUGUUCCAAUGCUUUGCCCGCAAUUCGGCCGGCGAGGUGCAAACUUCCACCUACCUAGCUGUCACCAGCAUCGCCCCCAACAUCACCAGAGGCCCCCUGGACAGCACGGUGAUCGAUGGCAUGUCAGUGGUGCUAGCAUGUGAGACCUCGGGGGCGCCCCGGCCAGCUAUCACUUGGCAGAAAGGGGAACGCAUCUUGGCCAGCGGCUCCGUGCAGCUGCCUCGCUUCACGCCCCUGGAGUCAGGCAGCCUUCUCAUCAGCCCCACACACAUCUCCGAUGCGGGGACCUACACCUGCCUGGCAACCAACUCUCGGGGGGUCGACGAGGCCUCGGCAGACCUAGUUGUUUGGGCCCGGACCCGCAUCACCAAGCCGCCCCAGGACCAGAGCGUCAUCAAGGGCACCCAGGCCUCCAUGGUGUGUGGAGUGACCCACGACCCCCGGGUGACCAUCAGGUAUGUCUGGGAGAAGGACGGAGCCACCCUGGGCAUGGAGAGCAAUCCCCGUAUCCGCCUGGAUAGAAACGGCUCCCUGCACAUCUCACAGACGUGGUCGGGAGACAUCGGCACAUACACGUGCCGGGUGAUCUCAGCGGGAGGCAACGACUCUCGCAGUGCCCACCUGCGAGUCAGGCAACUGCCCCACGCGCCCGAGCACCCGGUGGCCACACUCAGCACUGUGGAGAGGCGAGCCAUCAACCUGACGUGGGCCAAGCCAUUUGACGGCAACAGCCCCCUGAUCCGCUACGUCCUGGAGAUGUCGGAGAACAAUGCCCCCUGGACUGUACUCCUGGCCAGUGUGGACCCCAAAGCUACCUCAGUGACAGUCAAGGGCUUGGUUCCUGCACGCUCCUACCAAUUCCGUCUCUGUGCCGUGAACGACGUGGGGAAAGGACAAUUCAGCAAAGACACUGAGAGGGUCUCCCUGCCCGAGGAGCCCCCGACGGCCCCUCCGCAGAACGUCAUCGCCAGUGGUCGCACCAACCAGUCCAUCAUGAUCCAGUGGCAGCCACCUGCUGAGAGCCACCAGAAUGGAAUUCUCAAGGGCUACAUCAUCAGGUACUGCCUGGCCGGGCUGCCUGUGGGCUACCAAUUUAAGAACAUCACGGAUGCUGAUGUGAACAACCUGCUGCUGGAGGACCUCAUCAUUUGGACCAACUACGAGAUCGAGGUGGCUGCUUACAACAGCGCUGGGCUGGGCGUCUACAGCAGUAAAGUCACGGAAUGGACGCUGCAGGGAGUUCCCACCGUCCCUCCAGGCAAUGUGCACGCGGAAGCCACCAAUUCCACGACCAUCCGCUUCACCUGGAACGCCCCCAGCCCUCAGUUCAUCAACGGCAUUAACCAGGGCUACAAGCUGAUUGCCUGGGAGCCGGAGCAGGAAGAGGAGGUUACCAUGGUGACCGCCCGGCCUAACUUUCAAGACAGCGUCCAUGUGGGCUUCGUGUCUGGCUUGAAGAAGUUCACCGAGUACUUCACCUCGGUGCUGUGUUUCACCACCCCUGGAGACGGGCCACGCAGCACCCCGCAGCUGGUGCGCACCCAUGAGGAUGUGCCUGGCCCUGUCGGACACCUGAGCUUCAGUGAUAUCCUGGACACAUCGCUGAAAGUCAGCUGGCAAGAGCCGGGAGAGAAAAAUGGCAUCCUCACAGGGUACCGGAUCUCCUGGGAGGAGUAUAACCGAACCAACACCCGUGUGACCCACUACCUACCCAACGUGACCCUGGAGUACCGCGUCACGGGCCUCACCGCACUCACCACCUACACCAUUGAGGUGGCCGCCAUGACCUCAAAGGGGCAGGGCCAGGUGUCGGCCUCCACCAUCUCCUCUGGGGUGCCCCCAGAACUCCCAGGGCCCCCCACCAACCUGGGCAUCUCCAACAUCGGUCCCCGAUCUGUGACCUUGCAGUUCAGACCAGGCUAUGAUGGGAAAACCUCCAUCUCCCGCUGGCUGGUGGAAGCCCAGGUAGGUGUGGUCGGGGAGGGAGAGGAGUGGCUGCUGAUUCACCAGCUCUCCAACGAGCCUGAUGCCCGAUCCAUGGAGGUGCCUGACCUCAACCCCUUCACCUACUACAGCUUCCGUAUGCGCCAAGUGAAUAUCGUGGGCACCAGCCCCCCCAGUCAGCCUUCUAGAAAGAUCCAGACUCUGCAGGCACCCCCUGACAUGGCUCCAGCCAACGUGUCUCUGCGAACAGCCAGUGAGACCAGCCUGUGGCUGCGCUGGAUGCCUCUCCCGGAGAUGGAAUACAAUGGGAACCCGGAGUCCGUGGGCUACAAAAUCAAGUACAGCCGGUCAGACGGUCAUGGCAAGACGCUGAGCCACGUGGUGCAGGAUCGUGUGGAGCGGGAGUACACCAUCGAGGACCUAGAGGAGUGGACGGAGUACCGUGUCCAGGUCCAGGCCUUCAACGCCAUUGGGAGCGGGCCCUGGAGCCAGACGGUGAUGGGCAGGACCCGGGAGUCAGUCCCCUCUUCCGGCCCCACCAAUGUGUCUGCACUGGCCACCACCUCCAGCAGCAUGCUGGUGCGCUGGAGCGACGUCCCUGAGGCUGAUCGCAAUGGACUUGUGCUAGGCUACAAGGUGAUAUAUAAGGAGAAGGACUCAGAUGCCCAGCCCCGAUUCUGGCUGGUGGAAGGCAACUCAUCUCGCAGUGCCCAGCUCACCGGCCUGGGCAAAUACGUGCUCUACGAGGUCCAGGUUCUGGCCUUCACUCGCAUCGGAGACGGCCGCCCCAGCCACCCUCCCAUCUUGGAGCGGACACUGGAUGACGUCCCAGGACCACCCAUGGGCAUUCUGUUUCCGGAGGUGCGGACCACAUCUGUGCGGCUGAUCUGGCAACCCCCUGCUGCCCCCAACGGCAUCAUUCUUGCUUACCAGAUCACACACCGGCUCAACACCACCACGGCCAACACCGCCAUGGUGGAGGUGCUGGCACCCAGUGCCCGCCAGUACACAGCCACAGGCCUCAAGCCAGAGUCUGUCUACCUGUUCCGCAUAACGGCCCAGACGAGAAAGGGCUGGGGAGAGGCUGCCGAGGCCUUGGUGGUGACCACUGAGAAGAGAGACCGCCCGCAGCCCCCCAGCAGACCAGUGGCACAGCAGGAGGAUGUGAGAGCACGCAGUGUGCUGCUGUCCUGGGAGCCCGGGAGCGAUGGGCUCUCCCCUGUGCGCUACUACACCAUCCAGACCCGUGAGCUGCCCAGUGGCAGGUGGGCACUGCACUCGGCCUCCGUCAGCCACAACGCUUCCAGCUUCAUUGUGGACAGGCUUAAGCCCUUCACGUCCUACAAGUUCCGAGUGAAGGCAACCAAUGACAUUGGUGACAGCGAGUUCAGUGAGGAGUCGGAGUCACUGACCACCCUGCAGGCCGCCCCUGAUGAAGCGCCCACCAUCCUCUCAGUGACGCCCCACACCACCACCUCCGUGCUAAUCCGAUGGCAGCCACCAGCUGAGGACAAGAUCAACGGCGUCCUCCUGGGCUUCCGGAUCCGGUACCGGGAGCUGCUCUAUGAAGGACUGAGGGGCUUCACGCUUCGAGGCAUCAACAACCCGGGGGCUACAUGGGCCGAGCUUACCUCCAUGUACUCCAUGCGGAACCUGAGCCGGCCCAGCCUCACGCAGUACGAGCUGGACAACCUGAACAAGCACAGGCGGUACGAGAUACGAAUGAGUGUGUACAAUGCCGUGGGCGAGGGGCCCUCCAGCCCCCCACACGAGGUCUUUGUGGGGGAGGCAGUGCCCACAGCAGCACCUCGUAAUGUGGUCGUCCACGGUGCCACGGCCACGCAGCUGGACGUGACUUGGGAACCACCUCCGCUGGACAGCCAGAAUGGAGACAUCCAGGGGUACAAGAUUUAUUUCUGGGAAGCCCAGCGGCAGAACCUCACAGAGCGGGUGAAGACGCUUUUCCUGGCUGAGAACAGUGUGAAGCUCAAGAACUUGACCGGUUACACUGCCUACAUGGUCAGCGUGGCUGCCUUUAACGCCGCUGGGGAUGGGCCUCGGAGCACCCCCACCCAAGGGCAGACCCAGCAAGCAGCCCCCAGCGCUCCCAGCUCGGUCCAGUUCAGCGAGCUGACCACAACCUCCGUGAACGUGUCCUGGGAAGCUCCGCAGUUCCCCAACGGCAUCCUGGAGGGCUAUCGGCUGGUAUACGAGCCCUGCAGCCCCGUGGACGGAGUCAGCAAGAUCGUGACAGUGGACGUGAAGGGGAACAGCCCCCUGUGGUUGAAGGUGAAGGACCUGGCGGAGGGGGUGACCUACCGGUUCCGCAUCAGAGCCAAGACCUUCACCUACGGGCCGGAGAUCGAAGCCAACGUCACCACGGGCCCCGGAGAAGGUGCUCCAGGACCACCUGGCGUGCCCAUCAUUGUGCGGUACAGCUCCGCCAUCGCCAUCCACUGGUCCAGCGGAGACCCGGGCAAAGGGCCCAUCACUCGCUACGUCAUCGAGGCGAGGCCUUCAGAUGAGGGACUAUGGGACAUCCUAAUCAAAGACAUCCCCAAGGAGGUGAGCUCCUACACAUUCAGCAUGGACAUCCUGAAGCCGGGCGUGAGCUAUGACUUCCGGGUCAUCGCGGUCAAUGACUAUGGCUUUGGCACCCCCAGCAGCCCCUCCCAGUCUGUUCCAGCCCAGAAAGCCAACCCCUUCUAUGAGGAGUGGUGGUUCUUGGUGGUCAUCGCCCUGGUCGGCCUCAUCUUCAUCCUGCUGCUGGUCUUUGUGCUCAUCAUCCGGGGCCAGAGCAAGAAGUAUGCCAAGAAGACAGACUCGGGGAGCAGCGCCAAGUCUGGAGCCCUAGGCCACAGCGAGAUGAUGAGCUUGGAUGAAAGUAGCUUCCCUGCCCUGGAACUUAACAACAGGCGGCUCUCCGUCAAGAACUCUUUCUGUCGAAAGAACGGCCUGUACACCAGGUCUCCCCCUCGGCCCAGCCCGGGCAGCCUGCACUACUCAGAUGAGGAUGUCACCAAGUACAAUGACCUCAUCCCUGCAGAGAGCAGCAGUCUGACCGAGAAGCCCUCGGAAAUCUCCGACUCUCAGGGAAGUGACAGCGAGUAUGAGGUUGACUCAAACCACCAGAAGGCCCACUCCUUUGUCAACCACUACAUCAGUGACCCCACGUACUACAACUCGUGGCGGAGGCAGCAGAAGGGUAUCUCGAGGGCACAGGCCUACAGCUACACGGAGAGCGACUCGGGCGAGCCGGACCAUGCCGCCGUCACCAACAGCACCAGCACCCAGCAGGGCAGCCUCUUUCGGCCCAAGGCCAGUCGGACUCCAACGCCUCAGAAUCCCCCAAACCCCCCAAGUCAGCAGAGCACCCUCUACCGCCCCCCCAGCAGCCUGGCCCCUGGCUCCCGGGCCCCCAUCGCAGGAUUCUCAUCAUUUGUUUGACAUCGGAAGAGGAAAAAGAAAGAGAAAUGGCACCAAACUCCUCCUUCACCCCUCCUCUUACCGCCUGCCAGAAGACAAAAACACCAAGAAACCAAGUCAACUUUUCACCUCCUGAGUUUAUUUUUCCAGGGAUUCCAGCGCCAGCAAAGCCGGCGUGCAGAAGGAGGGGAAAACCGUGAGAGGAUGUGUGGGUGGCCAGCAGCUCUUUGGCUUUAAGAUGGUGGGGUUCACUGCUUCUUUGGGAAUUUCACAGAGCUGGGGAAGUGGCCGUAGUGUCACUGCUACGGACACAGAUUGGGGUGGCCCUCUGGAGAGAGAGAGGGAGUGAAGGUGGAGGACUAGGGGCCACCAGGCAGGCGUGGUCGAGGGAAGAAGAAGCUUCUGGAUGUUCAGCCAGCUGCCCUCUUCUAGCCCCUGCAGGACCCCUGGACCCACUGCCGCUACCCUCUGCAAAAAGGAUGGGUAUCCCAGAGGCCACGCCUGCCUUCUCUCCCUGUUCCUCCUUCCCCUCUCCCUCGUGCACCAUCACCACGGCUGGCAGACAGGCAUCGGACAGCCUCACCCAGACCCCUGUUCUGCCUGGGCAACCUCUACUGCCCACCUCCCCUGCUCAACUUCUCCACCAAGCAUUUGGUUUAUUUAGAAAAAGGAAGAAAAAAAAAACAAACUAAAGGGUGAGAAUUUGCUUAGCGCCUUCCUUGUUCCUGCUUUUUUUUUUUUUUAAUUUUGCAUCCAAGGAAGAGAGCCCAAGGGUAGGGGAGAGACCCCCAACCACUGACCCCUUCCUCCCUCUGCCAGAAUUUAUUUUCUUGAGCACGGACAAGGAGAAAUGAAGUCUGGGGAGCUGAGGCAUAAAUCAGGCGACUGGCCUGGGCACUGUGGGAUAAUUAGGUUUAAUGCAUUGUGGGUAAGAUAAGAAUGAAGCUUUGACUGUUCUCUUUCUUCCAAUCCAGGUUCCGUCUGCCCCGUCUUUAAAGGGGUAGUCAGCUACCCUAGGCUGGGAAGCGGGGCGAAGGUGAGGGAUCUCCCUCUGGGCAGACACGUCGGGCUCCACUGGAUAGAUCCUCAUCACACACAUAUACACACAUGCACGUGCACACACACAUAUCUCCCAUGUACUUCCAAGAUGUCCAAGGAGCCUCUACAGAAGAAACUCCUUUAGGCUUUCCUAGCCAGACAGCACACUCACUUUCAGAUCUGUGUCUCUUUCACUGUCCACCAUCAGCCUCCUAAGUACAGAGGCACAGGAGCCCAGAGGGAUGGCCUAAGUCCCUAGUCCAGAAGCUGAGUCACCCAGAGUUUGCCCAGUCUGCCUAGCACCCAAUUUAUAGACAAAGAAGCAAAGGUACCCUAACCCCCAGUAACAUCUUCCAGGCUGAGCUCUGCCUGGCCAGGGCCAGGAGGGGAAAUAGCAGGUCAGGAAGCUCAGUCCAAAGUGGACAUGGCAUUCGAGAUGCUCAUCCAGCAGGGGCAGGUCAGAUGGGACCAAGUGACAGAAAUAGCUGAUGGGAGGGAAAGCUUUUAUACACACACACACACACACACACACACACACACACACGAUCUGCUCCAAGGGGUGUUCCGCAAAAAGCCACAUCUAGGCUGGGCGAGGUGGCUCACGCCUAUAAUCCUAGCACUUUGGGAGGCCGAGGCGGGCGGAUCACCUGAGAUCAGGAGUUCCAGACCAGCCUUCACAACAUGGAGAAAUCCAGCCUCUACUAAAAAUACAAAUAGUAGCUGGGCAUGGUGGCACCUGCCUGUAAUCCCAGCUACUUGGGAGGCUGAGGCAGGAGAAUAGCUUAAAUCCAGGAGGCAGAGGUUGUGCUGAACCAAGAUCACACCAUUGCAUUCCAGCCUGGGUGACAAGAGUGAAACUCCAUCUCAAAAAAAAAAAAAAAAAAAAAAUAGUCACGUCUAGGGGCCAGGAUCUUCCCAUCCACUUGGUACUUCCAGAUGCCAGGAUUUAGGGAGAGGCCUUUUUAUCUAACUCCCUGGGUCAUCCAAGGCCCUCUGUGUCCCCAGCCAGUCCUGUAGGGCCCGCCCAAGGCCCCCCACCACCGCUGAGCUGGAUGGCAGAUGACCCAGUAGGGGCAUGUCCAGUUCAGUGCGGGUCCCUUCAUGGGGCAGGGCUCCCUGUGUGUACCGUGCACAGGUGCUGCUGGCCUUGUCCAAGAGAAGAUGAUGCCCUAAAGGUGGAUGAGCACAGUUCCAGGAAAACUGAGUAGGGGAAGUGGGAAACAAGGUAAGAGAGAACCUGUGCCCUCCCCACCAGCCCCAAGUCCGUCACUGCGCUAAUGGUGACUGGGAAGAGAAGUUAGAGUCUGGGGCCCAAAGAACAGGCACACCCAGCCAUGAGUUUUUCCUGAAGCACUUGACCCCUGGGAAACGUGAAGGGGGAGAUGCUGGUAGAUGGCUCAGCAGACAGCUCAACCCAGCUCCAGUGUCCAAACAGCCGUUUCUCCAAUGAGGAGGCCUUGGAAGGGAAGCACAAUCUUUUCCCCAAAGGAGAAGGGCUGAGGGUUUGCUCCUCUUGGAAGUAAGGUGCUCUCAGGGCCUCCUUGGACUUGUCUGGGGGCUGCAGUGGAGUCAGCCCAGCCCCUGCUCCGACCCUGCCUCCUCUACCUCCACCCUCUGCAGCAUCUGGCGUCUCCAUGGCAACACAUCUGCAGCUGCUGGCCUGUGAUCCUGCUGCGCUGCUUUCUUUCCUUUCCGCUCUGUUUUCUAAAUAACUUUAUCCUUUUCCUCUCUGCUGAGUCUUUAACCAUUUAAGGAAGUUCCCAGUUUGCAUUAGGGCAUUCUUUUAGCCCAGCCCAGUGAGGGAUUGUUUGGGAGGAAGUAGGGGUGAGUAAAAACAUUGUGUAUGUGUAUAUAUUGCACAUGAGGCCAGUUUUCCUUUGCCUUUAAUGAAUCACCUGGUGCACUAAGGUAGUCCCCCCACCCUACUCCCCACAAGCUCAUUCACACCCAUGCUGACACCUACGUGCAUGCAUGGAAUGGCACCCAUGCACGCCUGUACUCACACACAUGCACACACAUAUAUGCACAGAACACACAUCUGUAUGUGUGUUAGCAGAGGCUCUUGCAACUCCCUCUGAUGGCUGAAGCCACCUCCCCCUUGAGGCAAGAGUGGCCUGGGUUGCUUGCACUUGGGGUGUGGCUAGGAUCUGUUGUCUGAGAGGGUAAGGACACCAGGCAAAUUUGGACAAGCCCAUGAGAUCAGGCUGCGCCCACGAUGAAAGUCCCACACUUAGUACCAACCUAUCCGGAAUACUGUCUCCACAGCCUCAGUCACAGCUGGAAGCCCAGGUCUGCAGCUGUGGCACUUUAGAGGUUUUGUUUGUUUGUUUUUUGUUUUUUGUUUUUUGUUUUUGUUUUUUUUAGACGGAGUCUUACUCUGUCGCCAGGCUGGAGUGCAGUGGUGCAAUCUUGGCUCACUGCAACCUCCACCUGGGUUCAAGCGAUUCUUCCGCCUCAGCCUCCCGAGUAGCUGGGACCACAGGCGCGUGCCACCACACCCGGCUAAUUUUUGUAUUUUUAGUAGAGAUGGGGUUUCACCAUGGCCAGGAUGGUCUCGAUCUCUUGACCUCAUGAUCCGCCCACCUCGGCCUCCCAAAGUGCUGGGAUUACAGGCAUGAGCCACCGAGCCCAGCCGGGACUUUAGAGUUUUUAAGAACACAUCUCUUUGCCCUUGUUUACAUAUCUACUGGGGCAGCCGAGGCUCCCAACCCUCCUCCCAGACACCUGGCCAUAUUAGAAAGGGAUGGUGGGCACUGCGGGUGUGUAACAGGGACCCUUCCUGGCCUGUGAUUUUCUGAGCCAGUGAUGCCAGCGCCCUGCCUGUGGGACUCCACCCAAUGUAGGUUCACACCAGGACACACCUGGCACCUUUGGAAUUGCCUCCCUGUGCCCCAAGCAAUCUCCCAGUGUUGCACUCAGGAGCCCACGCUGGACACACCAGGGCUUUCCCCUUCCUGGCUGAGCCUCCAGAGUUGACAUCAGCUCCACACCCACACUGCCAAGACAAAGCAAAAAGAUGCACCAGGCUCCAGAACCACCAAGCUCCUCGGGCUCCAGGGAGUUUGCAAACCCAGGCUGCCUCCCCUUCUGUCCACCCCUCAGCCCCCAGCCCCCGAAACUCUUACCCCCAAACCUGACACUGCUGUGAAUGAGAGGAAACAAGGACACGGUGGGGACUGUCUCACCUGGUGCACGCUGCCUCGAGGCCUUCUGUUGCUGCCCACACCUCCCUGGGCAGCGCUUCUAAAGGUGCCAGAGCCUCACCGCAGUGCCACUCUGGCUGGGCAGGAGCUUCCCUCAGCUUCCCAGAGUGCACAUCUGAAGGUGCCUAUCCUGGGUGAGGGGCUGGUGGGCACGAGGGUAGAGGGGAGAUCAUCUGACAGCCACCACCCGCUCCCUAGUGCCUCUGUAUGGUCCUAGCCAGGGACCCCCACGGGCAUGCACACAUGGCAAUCCUGACCACCACCUGAGCACAGGUGCCCCCGCGGGACCACCCCCCUUCUCUUUGUUUCCAUCUGAAUAACCAAAAGCGUUUAAAUGUGUUACCUUUCUUCAUCCAUCUAGAUGCCAGAAACAAAAAUCAACACAAAUCUUUAUUUUUUGAUUUAAAAAAUAGAACAAAAAAUUAUGGGGAGAGUAUUCAUUAUGGCAGGUGUCUGUCUGUAAGAAAAAAAAUAUAUAUCUAUAUGUCAUAUAGCGUGUUAGCAGGUUUAUUUUUUAAAUGAAAAGUAAGAAAAAAAUUGAUUUGAAAUAUAUACCACGAGAAGUCCCAUGUCCUGUCAAACUGUCAGUAUUUUAUAAAUAAACUUUUUUUUUUGGA